AGACCCCUUACCUCAAUCACACCCUGAGGCCUUGAGACUCCGAGCUCUGUAUCUCAUGCGUCUAUAAAAAGAGCUUUCCUCCUCUAAGGAAGCAACAGCAAACCCUCUCCUACUGAGCAUUUCAUCACAGAGCAGAGAGAAAGCACAAGAGGAGGAGAGGGAUCACAGUUAAGAGUCACCACUCUGGAAGAUCUGUGGAUCAGCGGAGGGAGAAAAACAAGAGAGAAAAAGAAAGCGUUUGGAAAAGGCUGAAGAUGGUGUGUCUAUGUUGGUUGUUAGUGGUGGUGAUGGCAUAUGUGUGCGUCCCCGGGUUUGGGUUGGUGUGCUGGGACAGCUCCAUCUGCAACAACCUGAGCAACAAGGGAAGGAUACUGGACUGUAUUCACCUCUGCAUGUCUGUGAUCCAUACUGAGUUCCCAGAGCUCAGCGCAUUGGACCUAAAGGUUAAUGAUAACGAUGACCUCUUACUCAGGAUCCUUCCAGCCACCCUGGUCUCUGAAAACAAAAUAUCAGAGUCAGAUCUGAAAGCCCACAGCGACAGGCGACGCUCCUAUUCAAUGGAGCAUUUCCGCUGGGGCAAACCCUCUGGCCGCAAACGCCGGCCUGUAAAAAUUUUUGCCUCUUCUCUGGAGGGAGGGGGCUCUUCUGAGGCCAGUUUCCCCCCUCGGGCUCGCAGGCAGCUGAGCAGUAACGAGGAUGACACAAAGGGGGACCGGAAUGGAGAAAGUAAUCAAAACCAGGGAUUGCUGAGGGCGAGGGUCAGCUCUAAGUCACAUGUCCCUUUGAGCCCAGAGCAGAGAAAAGACGGGACCUAUCGAAUGAGUCACUUCAGAUGGGGGAGCCCACCUGCCUCCAAACGUAAUGGCAGCUUUAAGAAGUUGCGGGAGGAGAAACAUCAGGGGCAGCUGGCCAAGCUCUUCAGGAACAUUAUAGUCAAGGAUGUGCAGAGGAUAAUGGGCUGAAUGGAGGAUGGAGGGGAAGGGCAGGGUAGUUGAACGAGUCUAAUAGCCAUUGCAUGUUAGUACCCACAGGUCUUCAUUUUAAAUUACAGAAACUUGUCACUAUCAUUAGCAUGUUGUUGAAUGUCUUUUCUGGGCCAAAGGUUUGUCUCAUUAAAAUCUUAACUAAAGAUAAGAAACAAGGCAGUUUUCUGUCGAAUAAAAACAACGAUGCACCCAC